UCGUGUUGGCGGCGUGGAGUCCUCGCGCUCGCGGUAGGUUUUCCUCUGUCAUUCGGCGGCGGCGGCGGACCGGCGGCGAGCACAACGGGACGGUGAAGGGAGCAGGGAAGGUGCGGCGGGGCCUUUGAAGACGGCGGCGGAGGCCAGCGAGGAGGCGGCGAUCAGGGUCCAGCCCUCCAAGGCCCCGAUGGAGGAGUACGGGGGCGGGGACCUCCUGAGCGAGGCAAUGGGCUCCGGAGCGCGCGUGGUGGUGGUGGAGGACCGCGUCGAGGCGCCCGGGGCCUUCGCCCUGCACCUCCUCCUCAAGCGCGCGCUUGCCGGUGGCGGCGCCGCGGCGCUCCUCGCCCUCGCUCAGCCUUUCUCCCACUACGACCGGGUUCUCCGUAAGAUGGGCUGUAACCUAUCCUUGCAUAGGAAGAGUGAGAGGCUUCAUUUUUUUGACUUGCAGGCCUUCCCAGGUGGAGCAAAGGGAGGUGCCAUUUCUGAUAGUUUUGUUAGACUGUAUGGUGACAUUCAAAGAGCCAUCGACGCUAGCAGGACAGGAGAUAAUACAGGCCGCUUUACUCUCAUGAUCGAUGAUGUUUCACUGUUAGAAGUUGCAGCAGGUGGUUCUGUAGAUGAUGUGUUGGACUUCUUGCAUUAUUGUGUUACACUUACCUCUGAGAUGAAUUGCUCGUUGGUCUUCCUUAUUCAUGAGGAUAUAUAUUCGAGUGAGGAAGGUGUGGGGGUCCUUUUGCAUCUGCGCUACAUUGCAGAUCUUGUGAUCAGAGCUGCACCUUUGAGCACUGGUUUAGCUGCUGAUGUUCAUGGACAGCUUUCAGUGGUAAACAAGUGUACAUUCAGGGAGCAAAGGCUAAAAGCACAGAGAAUUUGGAACUUCCAUUUUAGAGUGAAGGAAAACGGCGCUGACUUUUUCUACCCUGGGAGCAGACAUUAGCUUGCAUAUUGAUGUAUCACUUCGGUAGACACGGGAAUCACAGAAGCAAUGGAAGUUGUAAUGCGUGUCGCUCCUGUAUUUUAGGCAAAUGUUCAUGAAAUGUUUUCACAGAAUGUAUCAAUUGAGGACUAAACCAGUAGGUUCAGUUUAUUGGGAAGAACCAGUAAGCUGAGGUUCUCCCGCAUGUA